CAGCUCGAAGCAGCAGAAAGAGAGAGGCAAGGGGAAGAGAGUGAAGAGAGAGGGAUCCAGAGAGAGAAAGAGGGGGAAUCUGUUGAUUCAUCAGAGUCCCUUUUUUAUACAAUUCUUUGAUUUAAAGGAAAUUAAACGACUAUUUUUUCCGUAAAAAGGACAUUUUUAUACAAAAGCAUCCUAAGUUAUUCUUAGAUUUUUUUAAAAACUCUUAUUUUCUUCGCAUCCCUCCCUCAUCCUCCCCCUCUUCCUCCUCCAUUUCUUGUUUAAAGAGGAGCGCGUCUGCGGAGUGUCUUCCAUCGCCUUUUAUUUAUUUUCUUUUAUUUUGUUCGAGACCCUUCAGUCUUCCGUUUGUCCGCGAGCGCAAAAAACACGAGGCGCCCUCCCUCCUCCCUACGGUGGGAGCUGUCCGGUGCUGAAGUUGCAUUUCCUUCCUUCCCUGCAGGAGGACUGAACCGGGCCAGGCAGGGACACUCAAGCAGAACACUAACUCUUUUGACCGGAUCAUUUGCCUGCUCGGUUCACCACAACCUGAAGACAAUCGACCCCUCUCCUCGGUGUGUUGACGGGCGGGAUCGCCACGCUGGCCAGGCCGUCGGCGAUCGGCUUUGCAUCCACGAGAGUGUGCGCGCGUGUGUUUGUGUCGCUGCGUCCGCGUGUACGUUGUGUUUGUGGGAGCGUGCGUGCCGGCGUCUCUCCCCAUCAUGCCAAGGUCUUUCCUGGUGAAAAAGGUGAAACUGGAUGAUUUCUCCACCGGGGCGGACCUGGAACACGCCUACCGGCACAGGACGGACCUCAGCCUGCGGCUGCAUGACAAAGCUGCCUACAUCAGUGACUACAUCAGUCCUGUCGUGUAUGAUGGUGAGAGUGAUGGAGGCAUCAAGGUGCCCUCUCCAGAUCCCCUCUAUGACGGGAUCCACAGCGACUACGGUGCCCCCGACUCAGAGUCUCCGGACAGCCCAGGCUCAGAAAUCACGGAUGGCUACAUCAACGGCGACACCGCAGUGAGUGAAGGAUACACAGUCGAUGCCUUCUUCAUCACCGAUGGCCGUUCGAGAAGAAAAGCCCUCAGCAGUCCCCGGAGCAUCCAGAGGCACACCUGCAAUGAGUGUGGCAAAACCUACGCCACGUCUUCCAACCUGAGCCGGCACAAACAGACACACCGCUCGCUUGACAGCAAGCUGGCGAAGAAGUGCCCCACCUGUGGGAAGGUGUACGUGUCCAUGCCUGCCAUGGCCAUGCACCUGCUCACUCAUGACCUCAAGCACAAGUGUGAUGUGUGCGGGAAAGCGUUCAGCCGACCGUGGCUCCUGCAGGGCCACAUGCGAUCCCACACUGGAGAGAAACCAUUUGGGUGCGCCCACUGCGGGAAGGCUUUCGCAGACCGCUCAAACCUGCGCGCCCACAUGCAGACCCACUCGGCCUUCAAGCACUUCAAAUGCAAACGCUGCAACAAGACCUUCGCGCUCAAGAGUUAUCUGAACAAGCACUACGAGUCUGCCUGCUUCAAAGGCCCCUUCUCCCCUCUCGGCCCAUUAGAUGCAUGACAACCUACAAAGAGAUCAAAUGAGGGUCAAAACUGCAGACACAAGUUACCAUUAUCCUUAAAGACUAAACUGCAGACAGUAUAUUUUUGGUUAGAAUGAGACCUUGCUCUACCCCCCACCCCCCCCCACCCCCACCCUCCUCUCCCUCGGAGGCUGUCCACAAUGAUGAAUAUGAUGAAGAUAGCACAAUUUUUCUUCUUGAGAUUUUCCCACUUAAGGAUUUAACUGAUCGAAGCAUGCACUUCCUUGAAGUCUCUUCACCUCCUCUUUUCUCUGUCUGUUCAGGACAGAGACAUUGAUAUUACCGCAGCUUCCUCCUGGCAUCUAGACACAAUAUGACUGCAUAUAUUUUGGAACAUUGAUGAAGAUGAGAAUGAUGACAAAGACAAUAGCGAUCAUAUAGCUACUAGUUUUCUUCAUGCACUGAAAUGCAGUGAAAGUGUUUUUUUCAUUCUAAUUCCGCUUUUUUGGGGGAAAAGUAGUAAUAAGAAUAGUGAUAAUAAUGAGGAUAAUAUUCAUAUUGCUCUGCUGCACCAAGUGACCAUAAUCUCUCCACUAUUGAGGUAAAACAAACUAUUUAUGUAUUUAUUUAUUUGAGCAAUUUUUCUUUUCAUUAUUUUUUUGUAUAUUUAAGCUUGAUUUUAUGAGAACAGAUGACGUUUAAUUUGCACUUUAAGUUUUGGAUAUGUCUUUUUACCACUACAGGCCAAAGCAUAUGUCACUUUUUUGAGAAGUUUUUUUCUAUUAUGUUGUUUACCUUCUUUUUUAUUAACAUUAUUGCAUGCAAAAAAAAAAAAAAAUUAUGAAACCUAUGCCAACCACUUAAAAAAAGCUUAUGAAUAUUUGCCAAAAUUCCUAUAGAUAGAACCUGAGGGCAAUAUUUUUCUCUUGGAGCCUCCAUAGGAGUCUUUAAAGCAAUAAUCACUUAAUGCAUGGAAUUUUAUGAUGAAGUUAUGAAGUAUUACCUACUACUGUAUAGCAGUUUGAAGAAUCAGGUAUGUUUUACUUCACCUAUAGUCAUAAACUGAAAAAUACUAACAUUGCAGACAUCAGGGAUCAUGCCAAUGUAGUGUUAGAGUGACGAAAAGAAAAGUCCCGUCUUUCCUUUCUUUUUAUGCACUGCCUGCCUCUUAGUAAGUAGAACUAAAGUAGGAUGUAGGCUUUGAGAGACUGGGAUCAGCUGCCUGCUGGGUGUGGGGCCUAUUGUAGGAUAACUGUGAUGUGAUUAUGACAGACCUGGCAAAUUUCUGCAUCAUCCAGUCAACUGAUGCACAGGUGCAUUCCAAAAUAUUUAAUAUCACAGAAAUAUUCAUGUAUGUCAGUAACUCAAUUCAGAAAGGGGAGCUUAUAUUUUUACACACAAAGUGAAAUAUUUAAAAUUCUGUGUCUGUUAAUUUGUUGAGCUCAUGAAAAGCCAACACUUACCGUCUCAGAAAAUAUAAAUACUAAUGAAACUGAUUUUAAAUGAGAGAAUGUUCAUCUUUGGCCAUGUUAUGACCUACACAAAUAAGACAACUGACUUGAUGAUCCUUUCCUCUUGACACCUAUACAACAAAGUUUAAGUGACAAAAAGUCAUUGCUAAAGAAGCAGGCUGUUCAAAGAGUGUUUAAUCCAAGCAUAAUAACUGAGUUGAGUGGAAUGAAAAACUGUGGUAGAAAAAUAAAGCAAAGGCAACAGGGAUAUGUGUAGCCAUGAAAAGAUUAGUAAGCAAAGAGUGACAGAGCCAUGAUUGUGUAGGCCAUGGCACAACAUUUCUGUAUUAAAAUAUUUUUUAUUGGUACUACACAAUAUUCAAAUUCUCUGGGAAACAUAGUUUUGGGUUUUCAUUAGCUGUAAACCUUAAUCAUUAAACUGAACAAACAUACUGUAUAAGAAGUCUAUAAAAUCAAUGUGUUUCUCUUUUUAAUUAAAUUACUGAAAUAAAUUAAUCUUUCCAUAAUAUUAUAAUUUACCAAGCUUGACUUGUAUUUUGCUGUUAUGAUCAGCAAGAAACCAAAAAUAAUCCAACUGAAUUUUGUUGUGUACAAAUCCAAACUGAGAGACGACGUGUAAUUCGCAGCAUUUUUCAUUGGAAAAACCAGGGCAAAGUUUGGUGCAUUGCUGAAGCUGGGCUGAGGUCAGCUGUGACUGCAUUGCAUUAUUCAACCAUCUCCCCCUGAGUGCUUCCACAACAUAAGCUGUGCAUUCUUCAACAACAGAAGCAGGCUGCACUUUAACUGGCCGGUCUGAUUACAGUUCACAGUUUCAUGCUGCAGCUGCAUGGAGUAGGGUCUCCAUAUUCUGUAGCAGGUCCCCCCUUCACCCUCACUCACCCACUCCGUAGACCCCAUAAAUCAUUUAGCUUGUAAUGUAGGUGGUCAACAGCAGUGAUGCUGAACCCAGUUCUCUGCAGCUCAGAAACCUUUUUUUCAGAGUCAUGGAGCUUCCCACGAGGCAGACUGAAGACAGAAAUACAUUUUCAGAGCGUAAUUAUGUCAAUCUGUGACACUAUACAGUUUGUACAUAUUGUAAAUUUGAGCAUAAACAUUCAGAAAUGUGUUAACAAGUGCAUCCAUAUGCAUGUAAGCACACAGUGCCUGGUGAUAAGCCAUUUAGAAUAACAAAAUCUGUGUUAAAUUACAUUUAGUUGUGUGGAUCCCUUAGCUUUGACAAUUACACUGCUUACUGAGGACUGACAGAAAUGUUUUUGACUGAAGAAAUCUUGUAGAUUAGACAGACCACUCAAAUAAUUAUAGUUUUCUUAACUUGUAACAAACACAGAAGAGAAAAUUACAUAAAUGUUACUUUACUCGCAAUGAUGUUUUGAAGGCAAAAGGUCUAAAGUAAGAAGUGUCAGAAGAUUUUAUGUUUGUUUCAAUGAUCGCUAAAACAAAAAAAGAAAAAAAAAAGUGUUGAUUAGACUUUGGUUAAAGGGUAAGCAUAGUUUUAUUAUUUCUUUGAAAAUAAGAACGUGAAUCAGCAAGUUGUGGAUGUUGUGUAGUCAUCGAUGGAAAGAUUUAGAAUUUAGUUAUGUAAGAUGAAUCAAAUUUUCAGUCAUAGAUUGCCAGCUUUUUGAAGCCUACUGUUAUUUUCUUUCAGUUGGCAAUUCUUCAACAUUUACUGCUUCAGCUCUGCACAUGACGUCUUUAUAGCAAAUUCAUAUAAAAAGAACCAAAACGCAGCUAUUAUAAUUCAUAACGUAAUUCAAAGGUAUAAUUCGUUAGAGAUGUGGUAAUAAUCAGGAGUUUUAACAGCCAUAGCAACCUCAACUGCAAACACAUGAUGAAGCUCUGACUCUGUUCUUGCUUUACUGUCUCAAAGAAUUGGUGGAUAGACUUUGCACUCUAUUCAAACUGUCUUCUGGGUGUUUGGCUGAAACUCUCAUGAGGCUCUUCAGUGGUUUUAAACCAAAAGGAAUACAUUAUGAAGUCUGUCUGCUUGAGUCUUUCUCCUGGUGAGCUCCUGGUCUGGCCUCUUUAAGUACUUCCAUUGUAGUCAUCUCCACCCUUAAAGAAAGUAGCACAAUGAAACUAACUAGAAAUCAGGUAGAGAAGAAUUAUAUAUAAAAAAACCACUUGUACUAGCUUGACCUCUCUCGUCUUCUUUUGUAUUUCCAAGUUAAAGAAUGAUGAUAUCCUAAAUAGUCAUUUAUUGCAGGAGGGUUUGUAAAGAAUCCUUUGGAUUGAGACGUUUUUACUGCUGUAUAGUGAUAUCUAACAUACCUUACCUCAGGAGGGUUGGAUCUCUUUUGCAGAGUGAGGAUCUCCUGUGAGUUUUUUUUUGAGCCAGUAUUCAGACAAUGUAAGCACAAUGAUCACAAGCAUUUUGUGGCACUUCAUAAUAAAGAAUAAUCUUAACCAACCAAG